UGACAGCCGAUUAAAGAAAAGGGUAAAUUUUUCUAUCGCUAGGUGGCAGCAGCGUCCAAGACUAGCAGAAGCAGCGUAAACAAUUAUGGCAGGAAAAACUGUUGUUAUAGGAGGUGGAAGCGGUUUCAUUGGUACAGCUUUAUCAAGCCUUUUACGACAUUGCGGAUAUGAUGUCGUAAUUGUAUCCAGGGUUCCAGGGGCAUUUAGCACAACAUGGAGUGAUCUCGAGCGCCAUGGCUUACCCAAGAACACCACAGCAGUCAUAAGUCUUGCUGGUCAGAACAUCUUGGAUUUUAAACGGAAAUGGAAUCCUGGCUUUCAGCAAACUGUCCGUGCCAGCAGGAUAAACACCAGUCACAGCUUGGCGAUGGCUAUUCAGAGAGCUGAGAUAAAGCCUAGCGUUUAUGUCUCAACUUCUGGCGUUGGAUAUUAUCCACCUCAUCCAAGUAAAGAGUACACAGAGUAUUCUGCUGGGGGCAAAGGUGAUUAUUUUGCCGAGCUGUGUACCGACUGGGAAUCGGCAGCAAAACUGCCAGCCGAAGUCGGUGUUCGCCAAGUUACCAUCCGCUCAGGAGUGGUUCUUGGCAGACGAGGAGGGAUGAUUGCGCAACUAUACUUUCCGUUUUUCUUCGGUGUGGGAGGACCUGUCGGUUCUGGCCAACAGUAUUUGCCGUGGAUUCACCUCCACGACAUCGCCAGACUCUUUCUCCACGCCAUAGAAAAUGAGCAAGUCGAGGGUGUCCUCAACGGAGUUUCUCCCAACCUCAUUACGUCGAAAGAGUUCGCCAGAGCCUUUGGUGCGAGCCUUUGGCGGCCAGCAGUCAUUCCUCUACCCGAGUUUGUCUGCAACAUUCUUCUAGGUCCCGAACGUGCCCGAAUGCUGACUGAAGGUCAAAAAGUUAUACCCAAAAGAACGUUAGAUUCAGGCUUCGUGUAUAAAUUUCCCGACAUUCGUUCAGCUUGUCAAGAAUUUUGCCCCUUGGUCUACACAGAUGAUAUGGAUCCUGCAAAUAUUUCACGUUGACAUCCAACCUGCACACAUGUGAUCAAUUAGUCUUGAGUUUGUAAAGCGCAAAUGAGUUAUAUACCAUCCGAAAAAAUCCCGUUUCAGCGAGUUAUUUAUCUCUUCUCAAUUGCUGCAUAAUAAUGUCAGCGAAUUUGUACGCGCAUAAAAUUUAGUGCUUGGAAAAAUGUUCCAAGAACCGCCAUUUUAAAAGGGUUUUUGAGUGAUGGCAACUCUGAGUGGCUGGAAAACGUUCAAAAGUUAUGCUAAUAUGGCAACGAGCAAAUCGCUGAAGCAAAUCGUCAACUGGCGGGAAAUAUUCCAGUUAUUUUCCCUCUCGUCUGUGUUGUUCAUGGCACAUGGCGAAUCGAAUAACUUUCCUCCGAUAUCGCUCUUGUCCUGAUUACGUUAUCGCUUCCACGAACACGAGAGAUGUUUAUUUAUUCUUUGAAACACCUGCUGCGGGUGUCUUCGCAUCCACUUAAUCUUUCGACUGACUGAGAAACAUUAUUCGUUGAUGUUGCCGUUUCUUUACAGAAGAAAACAUGACAGUUCAACUUCAAUCAAUGUGAGAUUUCACCAAGUGGAAACAGCACAUGGCUAUAUCUUGUCUCAACUGGAAAAGAAGAGAUUGCUGAGUUCUGCAGGUUUCUGAUUUCCCCAGCUGCUGAUGACCGCUUUCAUCCAGACUUGUGGUGGAGAAAGAUAAUCUCCCGACCGUCCGGCUGAAAAGGAGCUGCCGAAAAGUGUCAAUAAUCACCUGGAGAUUAUUCCGUGUGUGCGUGUCUGGUUCAAUCCGAGUGAGUGAGAGUCCUAUUGAUCUAUCGCAGGAGCGGAUAGUAUAGUCUGAUUUGUUACAAGUGUGAUGGAUGAGGAUGAAGCCAGCCAAGCGGCCUAUUGUUUGCUGGCCAUGUCAAGAGGCACCACCGCCAGUUCCAGUUCCAGCGAUCGACUCGGAUGCAAAGGUGAUUCAGCCUUGAGCGCAGCUUUAGGCCAUCAGACAGUGAUGGAGGAGCUAGCAACCAGCAGCAACAGCCCUUAUUCCACCGUGGCGGCUAUUGCUAUUCCAGCUGCUGCCGAUACUACUGCUGCUGCUGCUCAAACAAGUUCAAACAGGAAUGCUGGUGUUGUUGUUGCUGCCGCUGCCGCCGCCAUACAACCAGAGUCGCCGUUCAUGAUCGCCCGCAUUCUGACGGAUCUCACCCGCGUGCGUCAGGAUCUUUUCAGCGUUGAGCCCUUACAACAACCUCAAAUGCCUCCGUCCGCUUCCUGCAAGCCAUCCGGCCAGCGAAAUCAGAAUGCAGUACAGGGAGGCAGCGGCAGUAGUAAAUUGCACCAUUGUUCGUAUCCGGCAUGUGAACGGACCUACGGGAAGAGUUCCCAUCUCAAAGCUCACAUGAGAACUCACACCGGUGAACGCCCAUUCGGAUGCACCUGGCCGAGUUGCGAUAAGAGAUUCGCCCGGUCGGACGAGUUGGCCCGUCACAUCAGAACACAUACGGGUGAAAAGCGAUUCACUUGCUCCGUGUGCCAAAAGAAAUUUACACGAUCAGAUCACCUCAGCAAACAUGUGCGGAGACAUUCAAAGAUGGACGAAGGAUCGCCGAAGAGCCGGCGCAUCAAACCAGCGGAUAACAAGAUGAUCAUCAGCGUAAGCCCAACGGCGUCGCUCGAUUCCAGCGAUGGAUGCAGCACAAAUCAAUCGUUCGUUUCUUACAGUUCCGAGAAGGAUGCGACUAGGUAGAAAUGACGUGUGCCAAAGCAUCAAAUACUUUUAAAUCAUAAUUCGAUCAAAUUUCGAUUCUAAAUGUAUUCAGGAUUUUUAAUUGUUAUUUCGCCUCAUUUCGGUACAAGGUUUUUCAAAACAUUAACUAACUAAGAUUUCGUGUUUACCUCGACUGUUUUUCCCAUUUGUUUCUCUCGUUUUCUUAUAUAAUUGGUCGUAUUUUUUAAAAUGGUGAAAUUGUAAUAUUAGUUUAAGCAGUUGGAGUCUAACGAAAGCAAACUGCGUUGCUUCUGGUGAGAAUACAUCCGAUUUUUCUUAAAA